UACGUGUUAUGAAAACAAACACUAACAAUUAAAAAAAAGGAUUUAUGAAACCAUGAAUCACUGAAUUAGACAUUAUAACUGGUUUUGUGUGAAUGUGCUACCAUCAUGGACAGAGCCAAGAGAUUCCUUGAAAGAAAAGGCUACAGUGUGACCACACAUCCCAAAGACGAAAAUUCAUUUUAUUACAGUCUUCAUUUAAUACUUAAUGCAGGAAAAGGGACACCUUCUGGUAAAACCGCAAAACAAAUGCGAGAUGAGCUAUUCAAAUUUGAAGUAGAUAAUGCCUUGUAUUUCCACCUAUUCCAUCCACAGUGUGUCUGCUGUGAUGGAACAAAGCACCCAAAAGAUUGCUUAACUGGUGAUCUGGAAAGGGUGAAAACAGAGAAGAAAUAUGCCUCUUCCCGAGAAAUUUAUGCUGGAGCAGAAUUACUACAGAAGAACAUAUGUCUUAUUCGUUACAAUAGAUCUUGCAGUGAAGACAUGCUCGGAUUUCAGGGGUACAUUUUUGCUCCUAGUAUCAGACAGUGUCUUGAUUCAGAGCCAGUAUAUAUUCUGAUGAUUGAAAACCAAGACAGAUCGGUAGAAUUCGGCAAUCUUGAUUUAAAAGAUAACAAUAAAGAUCUGGAGUCUUGUCCCUGGGAUCUGGUGAAUGAAGAGCAUAAAAAUUGUUUUGGCUUACGAUUCAGAAAUAGUUUUUGUUUGCUCUUUGAUGAAAGUGUUAGAUAUGGAAUAAAAGAUGACGUCAAAGAUUUGUAUCGUCGAUUGAGUUUGGAAUUCUAUGGCAACGAAGAUUACCAUGAACGCAUACUGAAUAUCAUUUGUAACUUUGAAUUAGAAGAGGACAAUCUGGAUUUAUUUUGCAAGUAUGUAGACGAUGCCGUCAAUGAAGAAACGAGCGUUGCCGAAAAGGAGAGACUUUUGAAGUCCCAGACAGAGAAAGCAAAAAAUCGACAGAAACCCCCCGGUGAUGGAGAACUUUAUGCAAUAUCGUCAGUUUUCAACGUCGACAUUGUUGUUGAUAAAAUGUGCAGAGGUGACUGGGAAACCUAUAUGUCAGUCGCAUGUACAUAUGCCUGCUGUUUUAAAUCACCAAUCCUUCUGCGCCUGCAGACGAGUCAUGGAGAAUACAUGCCGUAUGUUACAGCGCCAGGAGAAUGCUCUUGUCGCCAGAAAAAGCCAGAAAUACAAGGUCACAUUGGAAAAAUCAAAGAUGAUAUCCACAAUGCAGUGUUACGAAACCCAUGCUGUCCCCCAAGUAGAAAACACCAAAACCACACACAUUUAAAGCACGUACCAAACUAUCGGACGUUUUGGCCUCAGCGAACUGAUUAUCUUAUCCCAACGGACGACAUACAAAUGGUAACAGUUCGACUUUAUGCUGAAGAACGAAGACUUGAUCAAAUAAAUGGUGGAAAUGGUACUUUAGCGAAAGCCCUGUCCAAAGAAUUAUAUGGGGAUGAAAAUCAAUAUUUUUCAAGCGGUCUUCAGGAUGCCUUAGGGAACGAGACACUGGAUUUCGAUGAAAAGAUGCGAAGAAUUUCUGAUUGGUUGACAGUCCCUAUAUACAUCUACCGUUCAGACCUAACACAAUUAAACUGCUCUCAAGGGUUCUUCUGGACAAAAUUCGAACCCACUCGUUCAAGGCCAGACCAACUUGAUGGAAAGAAAGAAUGCAGGUUUUAUAUCACUCUAUUCUACAAUGGCCUAAAUGAUUCCUAUGAUCGGAUAACACCCCUCAGAGGUUGUAACUGUGAAAUUCCGCCACCUCUUUCCUUACUUCGAAACCAACAGAAGACAGAGUCUCAACUUCUAUUUUGCGUGGAUCCAAAGCAACGUCACCAUCCUCUAACCACUUUCCUUUCAAAGGAUCCUGACGAGGAAAUGUUCAUGACAGAAAUAAGAGAUUUUCCAGUGUGCACGCCAUACUCUUCACUGCGCAUAGCUAUGCAAAGAAAUGACAUGGAAGGACGAACGUUUGACUCCAUUCAGUUUUUCCAACACUCUCUUCUCCGUUGCUUAAGCAAAGAAAUAUUUGGAACUGAACAACAUGUAGAUCUAUUACUGAAAGAACUAUGCGAAGAAUUAUUGCCAAACAUUCUCUUUUACGAACCGGUCAUUGGAGAUGAAACUAAACAUGCUUUUGAAGCUACAUUUGGAAAGUUACCACAGGGUGUAAAAGACCAUGAAAAACUUGCGAAAUUCGUGAUUGGAAGAAUUGAAGAUGAUCUUCCUACCGAUGAGCUAUUGUUAUGGCUUGCUUGUACAUUUUUCCAGACUGAUAUUUACGUUCUUCGGGUCAAGGACACAAAAACCUCAACAGAGAGCUCCUGGACUGAGUUCUCAAAGCUGAGAACCCGGAAGAGGAAUCCCAAGAAAACCACACGUUUUACAAGUAGAUGUCCAAGGAAUAAAACGCCCUAUAUUUCUCUUAUUCAGACGGAAAGCAAACAAUUUCACAGAAUUGUUCCAAAAAUGGCUUGUUGUAAUUGCGUUGUAGAUAUUCCCGAUAAAUCCUCGAAUGAAGCUGACUCAACGCCAUAUCCUACACAACAAGAUUGCAAGUUGAUGCGAAGGAUAAGGAUAGUCGACACUCUUCUGGAAACAGCUUGUGUAAAUGUGGAGCAGUGGCUUUUAUGCAAUCAAAUUCUGCAGAGAAGAUGUGAUUUGGUGAUAUGUGAAAUCGAGGGUCGUCGUAAAAAUGUAAAUAUCGCCACAAUAUCUGGUUCUGGGGCUGGCAUUGUCGGUGCAGUGCUGACAGGUGUUGGAAUAGCGCUGGCACCGGUAACCGGAGGUAUUUCCACCCUGCUGGCAGUAGGGGGAGGGGUUCUGGCAGUUUCCGGGGGCACAGUGGCUGCAGGAGCAAAGAUUACUGAAACCUACUUGAACAGUGGUACAAUAGACACAUUAAAGCGAUAUCAAAACUGUUACCAGGAGAGAUUUGAGCGCGUACAGAACGUAAUGGAACAAUUGAAAAAGGAAGUAAAUAAACUGGCAGAGGUGUCGACUGAAAUCAGAACCAAUCAGAAUAUUGAGGCAUCCGACUUUGCGGGGGUCCAGAGCUUACCAGGUAUUCUAAGAACCGUGAAAGGUCUAGCAAUGAUCCCCAUAAGCCUACUAAAGGUGUCAGCCAGAGGGAUAAUAAUUCUUGGCGCAGUCAUCGGGCCGCUGACGGCGUUGUUUGAUGCAGGCCUAUUGGCAUUCUCGGCAUAUAAUAUGGCGAAAGGAAACCGAACUGAUUUGACAGAAAACCUUCGUCGAAUAUCAGCAUCACUACAUGGAGCAAGAAGGCAGAUGCAUAACUGGGCUUACGGAAAUGUUAGACCUUUCUACUAUGACUAAAAGAUCUACGGAGUAUGAAGUCAAUCUCGAUGUAAAAAUCUUUCAUAUUUUGAUGAGUCUCGUUAGUUAAAAUUAAAAUCUUGCUAAAGUGAAAGAUAAAUGAUUUAAGAUUAUCAAGUGUAAGUAAAUGAAAUAAAUACUUCAUGCUUGUCGGAACAUUACCAUCCUGUAUUUUAUAAAACUUUACUCUUGAUUUAAUAUUUGGGCGCUCUAGUUUACGUGUUUAACUUUUAUCUUUCUUCGGAACGAUGUCCAUAAAUGGUCAAAUGGAGAAUAAGUUUUUAACAGUAAUUUGAUGAAGAUGUUAGUAAAUUGAUA